AUGCGCUUCCUAUUCGCACUUGUCCUCGGCGUGCUCUUGUGCCUUCUCCUGGCUCAGGAGGGCAGUGGAACCAGCACAACCACGGAGGCGACCACAGCCACCUCCUCCACUGCCACCACCACCACCACCACCGAUUCGUCGGCAACCACCACCACCACCGCCGCCUCCUCGGACUCAACCACCGCGUCCUCCUCCUCGUCCUCCUCCUCGGCGGAGGCCAGGAGGCGCAGACGUGCCCGCCGCCGCCGUCUGGCUCGCGAGCGUCGUCGUCGCCAGGAGCGGAGGCAGCGCCAGGAGGAGAGGAGGCGCAGGAUGGAGCAGCUUCUCAAGAGGCAGCGGCGCCUGAUCAACCAGCUUCGAGGGUAAGGAGGAAAUGGGGGGCAUUCAUAAUUAUUGUCGCGGACAGCCCUUUUGUGGAAAUACAAAUACUGCA